AACCCUGCCCAGGACACUGCAAGCGUCAUAAAUAUGAGACAAUGGUUGCCAACUGUCUGAAUUUUGAUCAUGUGGCCAUGGGGAUGCUUGUAAUGGUCUUAAGUGUGCAAAACAAUCCUGUCAUUUUUUUCAGUGCCAUUGUAACUUCGAACAGUCACUAAAUGAAUGGCUGUAAUUCGAGGACUACCAGCAUAUGUGUGACUCAGAGAGAAUUGGACUCUUGUCUCUUUGUUUGUGCCAGGCCAGACCUAGUAUUUCUGAUUAACAACUCAGCACAGCUCCCUGGAUAUGGGAUGGGAUCUACUUGAGGCCUCCAGAGUGAAGUUUUGUGGUACUUUAAUGCGUAAAUUCAUGGCUGAGAUAAUCUGCCUCUGAAUCCAUUCCUUGGUCCUUCCACACCUUUCAGGUUUCCUCUCACCCAAUGUUAGCAGCUUCCAUGUAUUGUUGUUCUGUCCGCAAAGUAUCCAAAUAAACGGAUUCCCUAGUUCGAAUAAAGAUAUGUAGAAUCGCCCUUCUGCACUGUAGCUUCUAGAAUAUGGUUAGGAUGUUUGAUAGCCAAUUAUUCCUUUGCUGUUUUUCCCCCCACUCCUAGACACUCUGAUGGCCUUGCCUUCAUCUCCUGGAACCUCGGUUCUUUGUAGCAGAGGAUUAAGAGCUGUUCAACUUCCAACUCAGGAAUUGAUAUCGCUUGAGGAUGUAGCUGUGUUUUUCUCCGUGGAGGAGUGGGCCCUGCUGGAUUCUGAGCAAAAAGCCCUGUACCGGGAGGUCAUGCUGGAAACCAGGAGGAACAUGGCUUCCUUAGCAGGUGACGGAUGGGAGAUGAAGGAUUCUGGCCAAGAGGCAGCAACACCUUUGCCAAAAGAAAAAAAGGAAGUUGCAGAAAAAAUGUAUGGAAAGCAAAGUUUGGAGGAAAACCAAUUAAGGGUUGAGCUGGAGAAUUGCUCUGGUUUACCUUGUCCAGAUACCAAUGUCUUAUUGGGCACGGUUGAUUGCCAAGAAAAAGAAGUGUGUUCAAGGUGUGGGAAAACACUCCGAGAUGGAUCGGGAUUAUGUGACUGUUGUAAAAGCUCUGCUGGAGAGAAACAAGAUGAAAGCAGGCAAUGCUCCAGAAGGACCCUUCCUCCUCCUUUACAUGAAAGAACACAAGAAGGAGGGGAAAUAUACAAAUGUACGGAGUGUGCAGAAACCUUCGGGACAAGCCUCUCUCUUGCAUUGCAUAAAAAGAUUCACAAAGCAGAGAAUCCACACAAAUGUGUGGAUUGUGGAAGGACCUUCAGGCAGAAAAAUCAUCUUAAUUCACAUAAGAAGGUCCACGAUGAGAGGAAGCAGCAUCAAUGCAUUCAUAGGGGAAACAGCUUCGGAAGCAGCACCUCCCUUACUUCCCAUCAAAGCAUCCACAGAGAGGAGAGGUUGCAUCAACGCAGGGAGGGUAGAAGGAGGUUUAUUGGGAGCAGGGAACCAAAUUCCCGGAAAAAAAGCCCCACUGAGAAGAAAUCAUGUAAAUGCCUGGAAUGUGGGAAGAGCUUCUGCUCUCCAAGUAAGCUCAUUUACCAUAAUAGGAUCCAUACAGGGGAAAAGCCGUAUCAUUGCACAGUGUGCGGAAAGAGCUUCACCCAAAAAGGCAGCUUCAUUUUACAUAAGAAGAUCCACACCGGAGAGAAGCCGUGUAAAUGCACAGAGUGUGGAAAAUGCUUCAGGACCUCCAGUGAACUUACUUGCCAUAAGAGGAUUCACACAGGGGAGAAACCCUAUGAAUGCUUGGAGUGUGGAAAAAGCUUCACCACAAGUGGUGCUCUAACCUUACAUAAUUGGAGGCAUACAGGGGAGAAACCUUAUAAAUGCCUGCACUGUGGAAAGAGCUUCAGUCAAAAAGGUUAUCUUAAGGAACACGAGAGGAUCCACACAGGGGAAAAACCAUUUCAAUGCAUGGAGUGUGGAAAGCGCUUCUGUACUUCAACAAGGCUUAUUUCCCAUCACAGAAUCCACACGGGGGAGAAGCCCUUUCAAUGCCUGCAGUGUGGAAAAUGCUUCAGUCACCCAAGUAGUUUUACUCUCCAUAAAAGGACCCACACAGGUGAAAAGCCUUACAAGUGCACCGAAUGCGACAAAUGCUUCGCUGAUUUGGGGUCUCUCUCUCGUCACAAAAGGCUCCACACUGGGGAGAAACCCUUUGAAUGCCACACUUGUGGAAAGAGCUUCAAUGAAAAAAAAAGCUAUAUCAUACAUAGCAGGACCCACACUGGGGAGAAACCACAUCAGUGCCAGGAGUGUGGAAAAUGCUUCAGGGUUUCUGGAGCACUGACGAUCCAUAAAAGGAUCCACACAGGGGAGAAACCCUAUAAGUGCACCGAGUGUGGCAUGAGUUUCAGUCAAACUAGUAACCUUGGUAGCCACAAGAGGAUCCACACUGGGGAGAAACCCUAUAAAUGCCUGGAGUGUGGAAAAUGUUAUAAUCAGAGUGGCAAUCUUUCCUCCCACAUGAGGAUCCACACAGGGGAGAAGCCGUAUCAGUGUGUGGAGUGUGGAAAGAAAUUCAGAACCGGUACUAACCUUACUCAACAUAAGAAAACACACAGCAGGAAAAGAUGACCUGAAUUGGUUUGUGUUGAUUCUCAACAUUUGCUUAACGCACCUAGAAGUGUUCCAGGAGAAUCUGUAGAGACCCUUGGAGUAUUGGAAGGGCUUCCGAAGCAGGAGAAGCUUUUUGAUCCAUUAAAAAUAAGAGUUGGCUUGUAUAACUAGGAACUAACUUUUGGACAUUAGAUCUUUGUGCUAGAGUCAAAUAGAAUAGAAAUUGAAUAGAAAUAAUAAUAGAGUGGGGUGGGAUGGGAUGGAACAGAAAUAGAAUAGAAACGGAAUAGAAACACAGUAUGUAAAACUAAUCCUCCAGAAAGCAAGACUUUUUGGCAAACCAAGCAUGUCUUGCUUCAAACUCUUCUUCUCCCAGCUACCCUUUCUCUCUUGAUCAGCUUUGGUGACCUACUUGUGCAGGCAAGCACUUACACCAACAUGCACGCAUAACUCCUUCUCUCCUCCUCUCUCAUACAAUCAGACACACAAAGUCUUAGGUUUUAGUUUUCUGAGCUCAAAAUAUGAAUAUUGCAUCCAGUUUUGGUCGCCACGAUGUAAAAAAGAAGUUGAGACUCUAGAAAGAGUGCAGAGAAGAGCAACAAAGAUGAUUAGGGGACUGGAGGCUAAAUCAUAUGAAGAACGGUUGCAGGAACUCGGUAUGCCUAGUUUAAUGAAAAGAAGGACUUGGGGAGAGAUGAUAGCAGUGUUUCAAUAUCUCAGGGGUUGCCACAAAGAAGAGGGAGUCAAACUAUUCUCCAAAGCACCUGAGGGUAGAACAAGAAGCAAUGGGUGGAAACUAAUCAAGGAGAGAAGCAACUUAGAACUAAGGAGAAAUUUCCUGACAGUGAGAACAAUCAAUAAGUGGAACAACUUGCCUGAAGAAGUUGUAAAUGCUCCAACACUGGAAAUUUUUAAGAAAAUGUUGGAUAACUUAUUUGUCUGAAAUGAUGUAGGGUUUCCUGCCUGGGUAGGGGGUUGGACUAGAAGACCUCCAAGGUCCCUUCCAACUCUGUUAUUAUGUUAUGAUUUGCAACUAGGAUGGCAUGCCUUUUUAUGGUACGGGAGAAGUAAGAUACAUACGUACUUUCAUAGACAUUACAUAAGAAAUGCACUGCUAUUGGCAUGGGAGAAGGUCAGAGAUAAAUACUGUAUGAAAAUUCCAACAUGGUUAUCAACAAUGGAGGCUUUAAUACAGGCAAAUACAUUUAAUCUUAGAAAUAUUGUUAGGUAUAAGGACUUGUUAACAGAUGGGGGGGGGAAUUGAAACAGAAACAAUAUUUGGAAGAACAGGGGAUUGAGUUAAAUUGGUAUAUGUAUAUGCAAAUACAAGCAAGGUAUCAGAAAGAUGUUAAACUCUAUGGUUUUUAUUUAGAAAAGACUGAGGUGGAUAGGAUUCUCACAGGAAUGGAGGACAAAUUAAUUAAAAAAAAAUCUUUUUGUUGGGGAUUGAGUUAGAAGAGGAACGAGUAAAGAAAAUUAUGAUAGCUUGGGCUAAAAAAAUUGGAUUUUCAAUAGACCUAGACAAAUGGCAACAGCCAUGGGAGACGAAUUAUAAAUUAACCAUUUCCACUACAUAUAAAGAAAAUCAAUAGAAAAUGUUUUAUAGAUGGUAUGUGCCACCUGAGAAACUGGCAAAAAUGUUUAAAGAUAAAUCAGCUAAAUGUUGGAAAUGUCAUCAGUUACCAGGAUCUUAUUAUCAUAUGUGGUGGACAUGUCCGGAAGCCAAAAACUAUUGGGAGAAAAUAAAGGGUUGGUUAGAAGAAAUGACCCAACAACAUAUUGAUUCAAAACCAGAGUUCUUUUUAUUGGGGAUCCUAUCAGAGAAAAUUAGUAAAGAAAAUAUUUAUUUGAUUAUACAUGUAAUUACAGCAGUAAGAAUUAUUUUUGCAGAAAAUUGGAAAGCAGAGAAAAUAAGCCUUGAAGGAGAAAUGAUUAGAAAAAUUUUAGACUGUGCAGAAAUGAACAGAUUAACUUUGAUGAUUAAAGAGAGGAUUCAGAAUAUUUUAAGAUAUGGGAUAAAUUUUAUCAUUGGUUAGAAGAAAGGUAUAGAUGAGCAAUGGAUAAUUAUGUAAGAAAAUGAUAAUAAUGCAUCUGUGAAAAAAUGGUAAUAUUUUAAAUUGGAGUGAAGAAAGAAGAAACA